UAAAAAUGCUCAUAUAUUGUCACAUAGAAAUAUAUGCAUUAGGGUAUAUAUAUAUGUAUAUAUCUUUUGUGACUCGAUCUAGUAUUGACGGGAAAGCUAGUGUGGAAUAGAGUUAGAAUGUGUUAUCGCAAGGUGUUACCCACGAUCUUAUAAAUUCUAUAAUGGUGUUAUGAAUUGGCAUUUAUGUGUUAUGUUCCAAAGAAAAUUCGUAGUAAAGUGGAAUACAAAACGGAAUUCCUCUUGAAGAUUUACUGCGGAUCUUUCGAGCUGAAAUGCAACCUCUCUACUGAAUAUUUUUCACCUUACUGGCCAUUUCUUGUCGUAAGCUAUAUAAAUUAAAUAUUAAUUUCAGCAUUUUCGUAAUUAUCGCACAUUUUAUCAUACGGAAGAAUUUUUGAGAUAGAUAAUGAGCGACAAUAAGAAGGUAGGUGAAAAUUCCAGUAGUGAGGUUGUUAAUCAAUUUCGAAGCUGUAGGGAUGUGAGCGAUAUUGUACCACUAUACACACCACGUGCGCUUUAUCUAAAACCACUUGCAAAAGUAAAUGUGUCUGUUAAUCUUCCCCAACUGAAGACACCAGGAAAAACUAUUUCAACAUGGGAGGUAAUGGAGAAAAUACGUACACUCAUACUACCAGACGAGUUUGCAUCUUUGAAAGUAGCCAAAAGCACUUUGGAGUUUAUCAGGCUGGAAGGAGAUCUUCGAGACAGAUGCAGACUCCAGCGCGUAUUAGCCAGAUUGGAUUCUCAACGUUUGAAUUUGGCUGGAUUUCCCAAUGUGCUCAAAAUUCGAGCAGCAGAAGCAAAGGAUGAUUUUCCUACUAGACAUAGUUGGGAUUCAUAUUUUAGAGAUGCGAAGCAUAUGAACGAAUUAAAACCUGGAGAAAGGCCAGAUACAAUACAUAUUUCAGGACUACCGGUCAAAUGGUUUACGGAAGAUGGAGGAAAUAUACCUAAUGAAUCGCUUAUCAGCAAGAUUUUCAAGAAAUGGGGUUCUCUUAGGCGAGUUGAUGUACCUGCUUCAGAUCGAUACAGGCCAAGAAUGCGUCUUGGUACAAAUAUGCAUAAAUUUAGCUAUGAAGAUGGAAUUUUCUUUGAUGCUUAUAUCCAGUAUAUUGAGUAUAUGGAUUUUGUUAGAGCGAUGGAUGCUUUACGUGGUAUGAAACUUCUUAAAAAAGAAGGACAAAAUGCUCUUACCGCUGUGAUAAAGGUUGAUUUUGAUAAGACAAAACAUAUGAGUGAUAGUUCCGUUGCACACAGAGAAUUUGAAAGAAAACGUCUUAUAGCGCAAGAUAAUUUGGCUGUAGAAAAAUUACGUAGGAAGGAAGAAGUAGAAGAGAAACGUAGAGAGGAGCAAAAAAAAAAAGAAGAAGCCGAUUUAGCAGCUAAAGCAAGUAGACGACAAAAACGAGAGGAGAAACGUAAACGAAAAGCAUUAACGAUAUUCCGUAAACAAGAAGAGGAUAAGGUCUCUAUGAAAAUAGCUAGAGAAGAACAAAAGUUAAUAAAGGCUCAAAGGCAGCUUGAAAGUAUUCGUCUUUUAGACGAAUUAUUUGAUAGGAUAAAGAUAAAAGUAGAAAAAAACGAAAUUAAAUUAGAUCAAGUAUCGAAUUCGGAUGUUAAGAAGGAUGAUAAGAAGAACGAAAAAAUCAAUGAAGCUGGUACCAAAUCUGAAUCGGGAGAUGAAAAGAAAAACAAAAGAAUAAAAAAGCUAAAGAGGAAGAAAAUAAAGAAAGAAAAAAAGAAGAAGAGAAAACACAAAAAGGACAAGGAAUCUGGUUCUGAUAGCGAAACGGAUGGUACAGACGUUGAGGGUACUAAGAAGAAAAUAAAAAGCGUCUUAACGAAAGCCAUCACGUAUCCGCCAGCAAAUACAGGUCCUGUGCCCACUGCUCCAACGCUUCCGUAUCCACCGAUUUAUCCAAGAUUCCCACAGCAUUGGUAUUACGAAGCAACAUUACCAAUGAUGUAUCCUCCAUUAACAAGAGGCAACGGUAGAGGAAGUUCACGUUUCUUACGUGGCAGAAAUAGAGGAUUUAUACCUUGGCGUGGUGGUGGAAAUGCACAUACCUUACGUACAUUUAAUCCUCACUUGUAUAACGAGCAAUAUUACAAGUACUUUGCUCAUCUGGCUGGUCAAGAUUAUCAUGAUUUCGAAAGCGAUUACGAGAGAAGCUCUAGAUCUCGUAGUCGUAAGAGAUCGAUCUCUAGAUCGAAAACUAGAUCGAAAUCCAGAUCAACAUCGAGAUCGAGAUCGCGAACGAAAUCGCAUACAAAGUCUAGAUCAACGACGAGAUCGAAGUCGAAAUCGCGUACAAAGUCGAGAGGACGAUCUCGAAGUCGGAAACGUAGCAGAAGUAACAGUAGAUCUCAUUCUAGGAAACGUAACAGAAGAUCCAAAUCAAAAUCUAAAUCACCAUCGAGAACGAGAUCCCGUUCGCGUCGAUCAAGAUCAAGGAAAAAAUUUCGAUCGAGAAGUCGUUCUAGAUCUCGUAGUAGUGCUUCUAGAAAUCGAUACAAUAGACGUAGACGUAACAUAAGGUCACCCUCUAGAGUAAAGAUCACUAGAGCGAAAUCGCGAACAAUAUCGCCUAAAAGAAGAUCACGAAGUAGUACGUGGUCCAUGCCAAAGUCAUUGGACAGAAGAAGUUGUUCAUGGUCAAAAACUAUCGACAAUACCAAUUCCACCGGAGAUAUGCAAGAACCUAAAGAGAAGGAGAGUAAGAGUCUAGAUACAGUCAGUAAAGAAGAAUCGCGAUCUUCGAAUACAGCAACGUCAGAAAAAUAGUUUAAAACAUAUUUCUUUUAUUCAUGUUUUUCUUUAUACACACACAUAUAUAUGUGUAUAUAUAUAUAUAUAUAUAU